UCGAAGGUGCAUUCGGAGAGAGAGAGAGAGAGAGAACGCAAGGACAAUAUUGUCAUUUCGUUGUUGGUGAAACUCUGUUGAUUCACUUGGACCGCUCACUCUGUCACUCCAGUGAGAUCUGUCUCUUCUCUCUCCCCCUCUCUCUCUUUCGCUCGCGCAUCGGAUCAAUCAGUGGAGGAGAUGGAUUCAUCCGCAGUGCUAUUUAAUCAGCUCAAGACAGCGGAGCCAUUUUUCUUAUUAGCGGGUCCCAAUGUAAUUGAAUCUGAGGAACAUGUUCUACGAAUGGCGAAGCACAUAAAGACUGUUGCAUCAAAAGUUGGGCUACCUCUGGUUUUCAAGUCAAGCUUUGAUAAAGCUAACAGAACAUCCUCAAAAUCAUUUCGAGGCCCUGGCAUGAUUGAAGGCUUGAAGAUACUUGAGAAGGUAAAACUAGCGUAUGACAUUCCUAUAGUGACUGAUGUCCACGAAGCUAUCCAGUGUGAACCAGUUGGCAGAGUUGCAGAUAUUAUUCAGAUUCCAGCUUUCUUAUGUCGUCAGACAGAUCUUCUAGUUGCAGCCGCAAAGACUGGAAAAAUUGUUAAUAUUAAGAAAGGCCAGUUCUGUGCUCCUUCUGUCAUGAUAAAUUCUGCUGAGAAGAUUAGAUUGGCUGGAAAUCCAAAUGUGAUGGUUUGUGAAAGAGGAACUAUGUUUGGUUAUAACGAUUUAAUUGUUGAUCCUCGCAAUUUAGAAUGGAUAAGAGAGGCCAAUUGUCCUGUUGUAGCUGAUGUCACACACUCAUUGCAACAGCCCGCUGGGAAAAAGCUGGAUGGUGGAGGCGUUGCCAGUGGAGGUCUUCGUGAACUGAUACCAUGUAUUGCAAGGACUGCAGUUGCUGUUGGAGUGGAUGGAAUUUUCAUGGAGGUGCAUGAUGAUCCCUUGAAUGCGCCAUGUGAUGGUCCCACUCAAUGGCCUUUGCGUCAUUUGGAGGAACUUCUGGAAGAGCUUGUGGCAAUCGCUAGGGUAAGCAAGGGGAAGCAGCACUUUAACAUUGAUCUCACGCCAUUUCAUGAUUAGAAAGACUAAAAGCUUCUCUCAGUGACUGCUUUGUUUGCAGUUUGAAGGAUGCAGACCAGAAUGGAAGUUAGUCAAAGAAGCUGACACAGAAAUGGGUGGAAGAUAAAAUCUAUAACCUAUAUGUUGUCUUCACUUACUGUUGGUCGUUUUACAUGAAGCUUUAUGAGUUUUUACAUGGAAUUUGAAAACAUUUUUUGCACAGUAUAUUUAUGAAUUAUUCUCCCCACAAUAAUUCAGUUGUGGUUGAAUUGUCUAAACAUGAACGAAAUUAUUAUUUUAUUAAA